UGUAGAAUGGAGGAAACAAUUAAAAGCAACAAAGGAAAUGUAAAAUAUGAGCACAAUGGAUUUUUAUACGUAUUUCACAAAUUCAACAAGGAUGGCGACAUCAAAUUUUGGAGGUGUGAAUUUUGCAACACCAAUGAUUUUACAUGUAAAGGGCGACUUCAUACUGAUCUUCAAGGAAAUGUUCUGCGUCAAGUGGGUGAACACAAUUGCCCCUCGGGUGCUGAGAACAUCGGGGCGAAACGUAUUAUAACAACAAUUAAAAAAAGAGCAAUUGAAACAAUGGAAACACCAGCAAUCCUUAGAGCCAAUACGCUGCAAAAUGUUCCAACGCCAAUUCUCGCUCAGGUACCAAAUAAACAGGCAGUAAAGAAGAUAAUUAAACGGGCUAGAACAGAGAUAGAGGCGCCAGUUGCUGUUCCCUUGAAUCUUGAAGAUCUACAAAUUCCUCAACAUUACCAAAUCUACAUGAGAACAGAGGCUGUUGGAGAACAAUUUCUGCUAGCAGAUAGUGGUGUUUAUAUUGAGGGUGGUAGGCAGCACAGGAUUUUGGUGUUUGGUAGGGAGUCCUAUGGUGCAUGGUCAAGGGAAAUGAAGGAGAUUUUUGUUGAUGGCACUUUUUCCAUAGCGCCGAAUUUUUUUAGUCAAAUUUAUGCAAUUUUAGCAAGGUUUACUAUUUUAAUUUCUUUUAUUUCCUUUUUUUAUUUUAAAAACAGGAGGCACAACUGGGUCCUACCUGUUCUCUAUUGUCUUCUCAGCAACAAGAGUCAGGCAACUUAUGAGCGUAUGUGGGUGCUUAUACGCAAUUUUUGGCCUGAUUUUGAACCAAACUCGAUCAGCAUGGACUAUGAAGCGGCUGCUAUCAACUCAAUCAGGGCCAUUUUUCCAAUGUGUGAGAUUAGAGGAUGCCUGUACCAUUUAACUCACAAUUUGAAGAAGAAGCUUGCGGAAGAAGGCUUAACACAACGUUAUCGGACUGACGCCGAAUUUGCGGUCAUGUGUCGUAUGAUAACUGCUGUUGCUUUCCUCCCUAUACAAGAUAUCUCAAUUGGUGUUAUGGCUCUUGAUUCAGGAUUUAUGCCACAUGAAUUGGAUCCUAUAAUUGAUUGGUUUGUCAUCAACUAUACAGGCCGAUUGCGAAUAAAUGGUACAAGAACAGAGGCUCGUUUUCCGCCCGAUAUUUGGAGUGUUUAUCACAGAACAUUAGAUGGGGAUAGUAGGACGAAUAAUUUUGCUGAGAGCUCACAUCGUCGUCUACAGCAAGCAUUCUCCUGUUGUCAUCCUUCAAUUUGGAAAUUCAUUGACACAUUGAAGAGGGAACAAAAAUCAAGGGAUGCUGAUAUGGCCAAAUGCAUUUCUGGUGAGGAGCCUCCAAAAAAGGCUAGACGUUACAGGGAGGCUGAUGCUCGAAUCCUAAACAUUGUUGGCAAUUAUAUUCCAAUCAAUCAGGGAAAUCCUUUUCAACUCGACCCUAACCAACAUUUUCAUUUUCAACCUAUAAUUGAUUUCUUGCGAGGCAUUGCUUACAAUUAUCAAAUGGACCAGUGA